AUGCACUCUCAAAAUAUUUCUUUAUUUAAAGAUAUUAAUGAUAUUUCUAAAGGAUUGUCUGACCAGUUUAGAAAUAUUAUCUCCAAAUGCACAAAACCCCAUUUUAUUUGUAUUUGUGGUGAUCAAGAUAGCGAUGAAAACACUAACAUACAUCAAAUCAUUAAUGGUAUUUCAUCAAAUGAUUGCUUCAAUGCACAAGAAUCAUUGAAAUCUUCAAAUAAGAUUUCCACAUCAGAAUCAAAUAAUUGCAAUGUCAUUGGACCAAUUCUUGUAAGUGAUAUCGUAAAAAGAAACAAUUUAGAAGAACAAGAAUUUCAACAAAUUUUAAAUGAUGAAUUAUUCUUUAUUGAAAUUGAAAAACAUAAACUAAUUUCAAGUACAACACCGAAUAAUAUUGUUGAAAUUCUUUCUAUUCUCCAAUUAUCUUCUAUAAGAAUUAUUUAUAACAACAAUGAAAUAAAUGCAGGUAUAUUAGAGGAUAUAUCAUCAUUUGAUUAUCUUUCUUGUUUAUUAGAAUUACAAGGAAUAAGAAAAGAAGGGAAAAGAGUCAUUUGUAUUUCACCAGAUAUUAAAACAAUUACUGAAAAAGAAAAUGAGACAAUUCUCAAAGAGUCUGUCUUAAAUAAACAAAAACAUAUAAACAACGAUCUUGUACAUUUCUUCUCUACAAAAUCACAUCAAACAAAUUGUUUGUGUUUCUUACUUCCAUCAUAUUCUCAUCCUUCUCCAAGUCAAAUCAUUUGUAAUAUUUACAAAGAACAAAUGAAAUGUAUCAUUUCAGAAAUUCUGCAUGAAAUUCCACUAAAUUGUAAGUCUGGUUCAUAUGUUCUUUCUUGUAUAGAACUUCUUAUUGAGCUAUUCAAAUCAAUAAAUGAAUUAAAUAUAAAUACCAUCUCAAAUGAAAUACAACGAUUAUUCAAGAAAAAAUAUGUCGAAACUAUUAGUUCAAUAAAUAUCAAAUUAGUUGGAAUGAUUUAUGAAAUGAAUUUGAAUGACAGAAUAAAUGUUAUUGAAAAUCAAUCAAAGAUAAAGAGUCUUGUCUAUCAAAUCAUUGAAAUUGAAUUUAUUCCCAUCUGGGAUAUAUUACAUAUCAUUUAUGGAAAUCAACUCAUUAAUGAAUUGUUUGAUUCUAUCUCCAUCACUUCAAAACAUUUAGAAGAGUUUAUCUUGAAAGAUAUUCAAAAGAUUAUUGAUGAUUUGAUUCAUUGUAAUGACUUUAGACUAACACCAAUGUGGAAUUAUCUUACACAACUACAAAUCAAAGAACAAUUUGAACAAGAGAAUUAUAGCACAAUAAUUAAUAAUUACUUGGCACAAACACUUACAUCAAAUCAAAAAAUACUUCAAUUCUAUUCAAAUAAAAAAUGUACAACAGUCAAUGAACUGAAACAUCAAUGUAUUGAUACAAUCACAUUAAAAACUAAUGAAAUAUUAAAUAGAAAACCACAAUGGAGAGACGUUUAUAUCACAAUCAAGAAUUAUUACCAUAAUUUAAUCAACACCAUUGACAAAGAAGUACAAACAAAAGAACUUUCCACUGUUCGUCAAGUAGAAUUAUGUCACCAAUACUAUCUUGGUUUAUUUACAAGUAAGAGUGAAACAUACACAACACAACAUGAACAAAUAAUAUUCAACAAAAAUGAUUAUAAUACCAUUCUUCAAGAUGCACUCAAUGAAUUGAAUGCAUUUUUUGAUAAGAAAAAACAAAUUGCACAAGAAUUAGAACAGAAGAAAGAAGCAUUUAUUAAAAAAUUGACAAGUAAAUCAUAUUAUAUUAUGCCAUGUUGUACAACAAGAUAUGUCCUUGAUGCUAAAUAUUCAGACUUCACAGAUGGACAACCAAUCACUUUAUAUUGGUCACAUGGUAAUCAAAAUCAAAGUUUCCAAUUUAUUCAAAAAAAUGAUUUGUUCCAAAUAAAAAUAGGACAUAAUGGAUUUUUGGUACAUAGAAAUGACUCAUCAGAAGGAAGUGUUAUUCAUCAAUGGAAUGACACAACCAGCAUUAAUUCUUUAUGGAAAAUUAUUGAAAAUCAUGAUGGAACUAUAUCCUUUUUAAGUGCAAGUAAUGAAUCUCUUGCAUUUACUGCUGACUCUAAUGAACUUAUAUCCCUUUGUCAUACUUGCUAUUUCACUUGUUCUGAUUACCAAAAAUUCAAGCUCUUAGAAUCUCCAUUAAACAACCAACCAAUCCCUCUACCUCCAACAAAUCAAGAAACACCAAACCAUCAAACUCAAUUUUUCCAAAUUCCUAAAUAUGUUGGUCCUUCAAUUGUUGAAGCUUUAAACAAUAUUCAUGUCGAUAGUUCAUUUUCUUACAGAGAAAGAAUUGCACAAGUUAACAACAUUCAAGAAUAUCAUGGAAGUGCUUAUCAAAAUGAUUAUAUGAGAAAGUUGUUAUACCAAGGGAGGUUAAUAAAACCAUAG